AUUCGUUUGUUCACGUUACUUUAAAUUUUUUAAUAUAUGUGGUUUUGGUCCGAAUCUACUUUCAGAACAAGGAUCCGGUAAAUCUUAGUUCUUCGAUUUGAACAAGGCUUAUAAUGAACUACUUUUUUUUUUUUUUGUUAAAGGACUUGGCUUAGUGAACUAACUACGUACAAUGAUCUUUUGUAAUAUCUAACAUCUUUACGUUAUGACCAAAUUUUCAAUAUAUCUAAUUGAAUGCUAAACGCUUUUACAAUAGUACAUUAAUUGUCUUUACGUAUGACACAAACUGUGGUAUUUGGUGGUAUUAUACAAAUGUUAUAAGAGCUUUUAAUAUAUAUUAAAAGGCCUACGGUCUCCCUCUGUCCCGGCUGCUAUAUAAAACUGCAGGUUGUCGUUUCCCAAAGGUCAAUGUGUCGUUUUGGUCUCUCUCUCUUUCUAAACAAAAGAGAAAAAUGGGUAAAGAAGGUGAAAAAGAGAGUGGGAGGGACAAGAUGAAGAGUUUUGGAAGCAUAAGAUCGAUAUGCAUGCACGCGGAUGGUGUAGAUUGGAUAUUGAUGGCAUUAGGCUUAAUUGGAGCCGUCGGUGAUGGCUUCAUCACUCCUGUUGUAGUUUUUAUCUUCAACACGCUACUGAACAACCUUGGUACUUCCUCUUCCAAUAAUCAAACCUUCAUGCAAACAAUCUCCAAGAAUGUUGUAGCUUUGCUUUACGUCGCUUGUGGAUCUUGGGUGAUAUGUUUCCUUGAAGGAUAUUGUUGGACAAGAACAGGGGAGAGACAAACAUCAAGAAUGAGAGAAAAGUACUUAAGGGCAGUGUUAAGACAAGAUGUGGGUUACUUUGAUCUUCAUGUUACAAGCACUUCUGAUGUUAUCACCAGUGUCUCUAGUGACAGCCUCGUCAUCCAAGACUUCCUCAGUGAAAAGUUACCAAACUUUUUGAUGAAUGCAUCUGCGUUUGUCGCAAGCUAUAUAGUGGGUUUCAUCUUGCUAUGGAGACUCACAAUCGUAGGUUUCCCAUUCAUCAUCCUCCUUUUGAUCCCUGGACUAAUGUAUGGACGAGCCCUCGUUAGCAUCUCAAGGAAGAUUCGCGAGCAGUACAACGACGCUGGUUCUAUAGCCGAGCAGGCUAUCUCAUCAGUUCGAACAAUCUAUGCAUUUGGUAGUGAGAACAGAAUGAUAGGGAAGUUCUCAACUGCACUUAAAGGGUCGGUGAAGCUAGGGUUGAGACAAGGGCUAGCUAAAGGAAUUGCUAUUGGGAGCAAUGGUGUCACUCAUGCUAUUUGGGGAUUCUUAACUUGGUACGGAAGUCGGCUGGUUAUGAACCAUGGCUCUAAAGGCGGUACUGUCUUCGUAGUCAUUAGUUGCAUCACAUAUGGCGGCAUACAACUUGGUCAGAGUUUAUCAAAUCUCAAAUAUUUCUCAGAGGCAUUUGUAGCAUGGGAACGAAUUUUAGAAGUGAUAAAAAGAGUCCCUGAUAUAGAUUCAGAAAAAUUGGAAGGUCAGAUUCUGGAGAGGAUUGAAGGAUAUGUGGAAUUCAACCACGUGAAGUUCAACUACAUGUCUAGACCUGAAACCCCUAUCUUUGACGAUUUAUGUCUGAAAAUUCCAUCAGGGAAAACUGUGGCUUUGGUGGGCGGAAGUGGAUCGGGAAAAUCGACCAUUAUAUCGCUUUUACAGAGGUUCUAUGACCCGAUCGCAGGAGAUAUUCUCAUUGAUGGUGUGUCCAUUAAUAAGAUGCAGGUGAAAUGGUUGAGAUCACAAAUGGGUCUUGUUAGCCAAGAGCCAGUACUCUUUGCCACAUCUAUAACAGAGAACAUAUUAUUUGGUAAAGAAGAUGCAUCGAUGGAUGAAGUAGUGGAAGCUGCCAAAACCUCAAACGCUCAUACUUUUAUUUCUGAGUUCCCUCUUGGUUACAAAACUCAGGUCGGGGAGAGGGGAGUGCAAAUGUCGGGAGGCCAGAAGCAAAGGAUCGCAAUUGCACGAGCGCUAAUUAAAUCACCGAUAAUUCUCCUUCUAGACGAGGCAACAAGUGCUCUGGACUCCGAAUCCGAAAGGGUAGUCCAAGAAGCCUUAGAUAAUAUCUCUAUUGGCCGUACUACUAUCGUUAUUGCCCACCGCCUCUCUACUCUUCGUAAUGCUGAUGUUAUCUGUGUAAUCCAAAAUGGUCACAUUGUCGAAACCGGGUCGCACGAAGAGCUCCUGGAGAGGAUAGAUGGGCAUUACUCUUCGCUAGUCCGCUUACAACAAAUGAAGAAUGAAGAAUCAGAUGUUAACAUCAAUGCAAGUGUGAAAAAGGGCAAAGUCUUGAUUUUAAGCAACGACUUUAAGUAUAGUCAACACAACUCUCUUAGUAGCACAAGCUCAAGCAUUGUUACGAAUCUUUCUCAUUCGAUUCCUAACGAUAAUAAGCCGCUUGUGCCAUCAUUUAAGAGAUUGAUGGCAAUGAAUAGGCCAGAGUGGAAACAUGCAUUAUGUGGUUGCUUAAGUGCAGCUUUAUUUGGGAUCAUACAACCAAUUUCUGCAUAUUCCGCGGGAUCAGUGAUAUCAGUGUUUUUCCUAAUGAGCCAUGACGAGAUCAAGGAGAAAACAAGGAUAUAUGUGUUGUUAUUUGUUGGUUUAGCUAUAUUCUCUUUCUUAGUCAAUAUUAGUCAACAUUACAGUUUUGCAUACAUGGGUGAAUACCUAACAAAGCGUAUUCGAGAACAAAUGCUCUCAAAGAUAUUGACGUUUGAAGUCAAUUGGUUCGAUAUAGAUGAUAACUCAAGUGGUUCAAUUUGCUCCAGGCUAGCAAAAGAUGCUAACGUGGUAUGUCUUCUAUUUUGUAUUUAUUUGCUCCAGAGAGGAUGGUAAACGAAGACGAUCGUCAGAUACCGCCAGCCGGAGGAGGGAACCCUAAUGCUCUGAACCCUCAGAAUCCUCAAGCCGAUCCGACAAUCUUAGCAGCCCUAGCCGAACUGAAGGAUAUGAUGGUUAAAU